AUGCAGGCCAGGGAGGUAACAGGAUUCAAUUAUUUACUCCCUUCAAACCCUUCUCCUUACCAAACAAACUACACCAUGGUUCAAAACAACAUUCCCACAUUUCAAUCUCACAGAAUCACUAACCAAUUAUAUGGUUUCCACAACCCUCCUCAUCAACUUCCUGACUUUAGUCCUCAAUCAUCAUGCAUCAGCAGCAACUCCACUUCUGAUGAAGCAGAUGAACAACAACUAUGUCUCAUCAAUGAGAGAAAACACAGAAGGAUGAUAUCUAAUAGAGAAUCUGCACGUAGAUCACGCAUGAGGAAGCAAAAACACCUUGAUGAACUUUGGUCACAGGUGGUUUGGCUGAGGAAUGAGAAUCACCAACUAAUAGAAAAGCUGAACCAUGUGUCAGAAAACCAUGACCAAGUCCUUCAAGAGAAUGCUCAGCUGAAAGAAGAAGCUUCAGAACUUCGCCAAAUGCUAAGAGACAUGCAGAUACAUAGUCCAUGCCCUUCUUUGAGCCCUUUAGAAGAAAUCCCUUGUAGCUCAGCAUAUCUCAGAUGUGAUUCUACAAACCAAUCCAUCACAAGUUCCAUGGACCUGCUUGGUUAAUUUGAUGACG